CUGAAUAUUUAGAAAAAUCUAAAUCUGCUGAAAAAGAUCAUCACAACAGUUUUGGUCAAGCCUCUUUAACACAAAAAGCCUUGGAUCUACGAGAAUAAUACAAAAGCGCAUCCUGCUUCGAGUCCUGUUAUCCUGUCGGAAAAUCCCGCUCCCGCCAUUCUUGAGGACAGCAACAGGACAAUCGGAAAAACGGAUCGAUUUCGGAUUUUUCUCUCAGACAAAUUUGCAAUCAGGAUGAUAAAUAGCGUUGCACCAGAGACUACCAAUGACCUCAAUGUCCGUAAAAUUGACCUUUUAACGCGUUUAAAAUUUAUCCACUUGAUAACAUACUGAAUUAUUUUGUAGGAAAACAUUCUUACUUACUGAAAAAUCUCAAUUACCCCAAUUUUCUUAGUACGCGUACUUCCUGAUAAAUGCAAGGCCGCACCACCACCCAAAAAGGUCGUACCUCCGUUUUAAAAGAAAAAACUAAUCGACCAUAUCAUUACAUGGCGAAAAAGUCAACUAUAUAUAAAUCACCCAACAUCUAAGAAAACAGUCAUUCAAACGAUUCAUUCUAAACUCAAACAAAAUGUCUAAAAUAAGUGUUUUUUAUUUUUGCUUGGUAGUGCUUAUUGGAAUUACACAAGAGGUUUUGUGCGACAACGAACCUCUUCAUACCAAACCUUUAUACCAAUACCGGUACCAAACUGAAGAUAUGAUGAAAACUUCAGCCUCAUCGAGACCAGUCAGAGGCUACCAUGUAGUUGAAGGAGGCUAUUAUCCAGAAGAAUCUGGCUCAAUAGGAUCUGGCCAAUACUACCGUCCAAUUGGUCAUAAUUUAGGAUAUGGAGGAGCAGGAAUUGGAUUAGGAUCUGGUGGAGCAGGAAUUGGGUUCGGUGCUGGUUUAGGAGGAUAUGGAAUAGGUCCAGGAGGAUUUGGUGGAGCUGGUUUUGGACUAGAACAACCAAUUGGUUAUCAACCUCAAUUCAUUGGUGGAGGUGGAAUUGGAGCUGCUGGAUUGGGUGGCUAUAUUUCACCAGCAGUCCAUCAUAAUCAUCAUGGAUAUGGCGGUGAAGAAGUUGAUAAAAGCGAAUUCAACAGUGGCAAAAAGAAUGUCGAAGAUGUUAAAUUUGAAAAAGCUCACGGUAAAAAAGGUGAAGAAGUAAAUCACGGACAGCAAGGGUAUUCCCAUGGAGGCCAAACAGUGCAAGAUGCUAAAGGGGAAAAUGGUUAUUACAGCAAUGCAGCCGGAGGCAAAAAAAUCAUUGAAGAUGGCAAACAGUACAACGGUGGUGAAAAUUUCAAUCAAGAAGGUAAAAAUGAAGCUGAAAACAAAUUGAAAAAGGGCCACAAAAAAGGACACGUAAUCAAAGGAUUCAAAUCUUCGCACCACAAAGACGAAACCGGCAAAACCGAAGAAUACUAUGACGAAGAACACGACGAAGGUGACAAUGUCGCAUUCAACGGCCAAUCUGGAGCUUUCGGACAAAAAGGACAAUCGUCCUACAAAGGAGGACACGAAGAUGGUAAAUUCAAUGAGCAAGAACACAAAAAAUCGGGACACGUCAGCAACCAAUACGCUGUCAGCAAAGAAACCGGAGACAAAGGCAAUUAUGGUGAAAAUAAAUAUGCUGGUGGCGGAUCAGUGUUUGGAGUUAAUAACGGUAUCGAUCAGCAAAGUUUGUUGGGACAUCAAGAGAAUUCUAGAUUCUUCAAGCACCAUCCUGUACCCUUUUACCAUCAUUGAUUCUGUUUAGCCAUUUAUUUAUUUUAUAUGUAUUUAGUGAUUCACCUAAUUUAUUUUAAUGUUUGCAAUAAACGACUUUAAAACAUAAUUUUUUAAGACAUUUAUUUAUUUAUACUUAAAUAAUUCCACAAUAUAGGGUUUCCCUUCAUUAACUGACAUAGUUUAUGAAGGGAUGUAAUAGUAUACAUAAAUACAAUCUAAAUUACACAUUUACAGUUAAUAUAAAGUAAAUAGAUGAGCAAAUAAAGGAGAUCGUAUAUUAUAUUUUCACAUAUUUUUAGGUGGAAAACUAUUUAUUAUGUCUUUUACAUGCAUGGAAUUUUUGUCUAAAUGCUAUAUUUUUUUUACAUAUAGGUACCACUAACAUCUAUUUUUUUAUUCACAGCAAAAAGUUUACAUUUAUAUAGCAGAAUGGGAUAAAAAAAACAAAAAUACACUUUUCAUUUUAAUAGGUCUGUUUAUGCAGAAAUCACAAACCAGUCAGAGUGAAUUUCAUUGGUUGAAACUAGUUUUUUGACCGUUUUCAACCAAUGACUGGUUUGUGAUUUCUGCAGAAACAGGCGUCUAAUAGCUGCCAAAUUAAUUUAAAUAUAAUUUGUUCUGUAAGGGGGUUUGUUUCAAGUUAUUGCACUAAAAUGUCAAGUAAAGUCUAUAGUAACUAUAAAAAGUAUAAUUAAAUAAAUAUAAAAUAAUGUUCAGUUCAAAUAAAAUUACACUAAAAAACUGUAUACAAUCCUUUGGUAAAAUGGCAUCGAUCAUGGAAAUGUCCACUGAUCAAAUUUAAAAAAAUAUAUAUAGAAAAUCAAGCAAACGCCUAUUAUUAUGAAUUUUAUUUGCUUGAUUUAUGUGACUAGAAAAAAUUAAUAUGUGAAGGUUUUGUGACUAGGAAAAAUAGCUAUAGCUUUUAGUUGAUCUACAGGAUCUGUUUGGUUACGAUACCGUUUCGUCAAUAGCACUCCCGCU